UAUACACACUUUAUUAGGUACACCUAUAUAUUCAUUAUUUAUUUAUUUAUACUUAAAUUUGUUCUUAAUGUUUUUAUAAUUCAAUUUCUAUAAAUAAUCUACUCAUUUUUAUUAAUUUGUUCCUUUACGUAUAAAGUCCACAAAGACUUUACAACAACUUAUGACAGAGUCAUCUCAUUUGAGUAACCUUUAAUGUCAAUUUCAUGUGAAAACAUUACACGUCAGUCUGCCAUUGAGCUCCUUCUUUCGGUAACCUCCAGUGUUGCCUUGUCAGAUUUGGUGACCCUGCUGUAUCUCUGUAGCUGUUCACAUCAGACCAAAAUGCUUUUUAGGGAAUAAAACAGAAGAGUUUAGACAUUACCAGACUGAAUUUGGAGAACAUUAAAGACUUCAACAUUAAAAUGCUUUUUAAGAGACAAAUCAGUCAGUGGAGUUUAGACAUCAAUUUUGUGAAAAUAAUAAAAAAUAAAGCAUUAUAAAUAACAGUAAUAAUAAUAAUAAUCAUACUUUUAGAAAUAUACUUAAUACUUAAAUAACCAUCACAAUGGUAAACACACACACAAAAAAUUAACACUGGACUACACAUCAAUUUAUUAAAGUAUUUGAUGCAUAAAUAACAUUCACAAUGGCUAAAUACAAACAGAAAAAAAUUCAAUCAUGAGAAUAGAGCACGGACAGCUUUAAGUAAAUGAACCCGUUUUUACAGCAUCGCUCACUCGACGCGGCUGUUUCUCUGCAGCAUUGUCAACAGACUCUCCAAGCGCGCUCACGAUAACGUGCAGGUGCGCCAAGCGCGUUCUCGCGCCAACGUUUGAUGAACAGCGACUUCUAGUCACAGAUUUCUCUAGGGGCCGGUUGCACCAGCUAUGCGUCCAUUACAACUUAGGCUAGUUGUAGCUUAAAUGGGCAAUAAGUCACAAUUUACGCACUUCUAAAUAUUUGUGCGUUGCACCAUUACAUUUAGUGUGACGUAAACCUACGUAUAACCUAAAUAUUUACGGAAGACUCCGACCAGGAGUAACUGAUGGAAUAAAAAAGCAUUUAAUGACAUCAAUGAGCUCAUGUUUUGGUUGACAAGCUUCAGUCCUUUCGACAUGAUGAUGAUGGCAUUUACACUCUUUUACAUUUACGAGAGAAAACAUUAUGCAUCGCGUGAUCUUCCGUGACUGGUGUAGGUUCAGCAGACGAAGGGAAGAGCAAAGUGUCUGGCUUGAUGACUCUCUUUUCUACUCCUCCCCCGACUGCAACCGGCAAAUCUCGCCGAUCGGCAAAUCGAGAUGCAGUUCAAGUCGAACACACCUUUUAUUUACAAGCCACGAGGGCUACUUUGGUAUUGCAUAGGCGUCCCAGUCUUUGCAGAGAUCCAGCAGCACGACCGAGCAACGCCACCAGCGACAGGACAGGAGAAGCAGAAAUCAUGCCAGCACAACACCGCCCCUAUCUGAGCUCUUCGCUGUCCUCACACCCGUGGUGCUGAAAUCAGCGCUCGACCCCACAGCAACGUAACAGCAAUGACACAAAGACACGGGGAGCCCGACCAACAGACCGAGAAUGGACGAUGAUUUGUUUCAGUUAAGACAGCUCCCAGUGGUGAAAUUCCGGCGUACAGGUGAAAGCACUCGCUCAGAGGAUGAGUGUGGAUGGAAGGAAGAAGCUGUGCAGUCGGAGGGAGGGUGGAUGGAUAUGGAGAGUGUUUCCCUGGCCGAUGGUGCUCCAGUGCCUCGGGAGUUUGCUAACCCCACUGAUGAUACAUUCAUGGUUGAAGAUGCAGUGGAAGCCAUUGGCUUUGGGACAUUCCAGUGGAAGCUAUCCAUCCUGACUGGACUUUCAUGGAUGGCCGACGCCAUGGAGAUGAUGAUUCUCAGUAUUUUGGCUCCUCAACUACACUGUGAGUGGGCACUCUCCAGCUGGGAGGUGGCACUACUAACUUCGGUGGUAUUUAUUGGAAUGAUGGUCAGUUCCUCACUAUGGGGGAACAUAUCUGAUAAAUAUGGGAGAAAAACAGGUUUGAAGAUGAGUGUAUUGUGGACCCUGUUCUACGGCCUCCUUAGUGCAUUUGCACCGAUAUACGCUUGGAUUCUUUUUCUCCGAGCUCUGGUGGGCUUCGGUAUUGGAGGAGCUCCACAAUCAGUAACACUGUAUGCUGAGUUUCUGCCCAUGCGGUCCAGAGCCACUUGCAUUUUGUUGAUAGAGAUAUUCUGGGCUUUGGGAACAGUAUUUGAAGUGCUUCUAGCUAUCUUGGUGAUGCCAACUUUGGGCUGGCGCUGGCUGCUGGUCUUCUCCACCAUUCCACUCUUUAUUUUUGGUAUUCUUUGCUUUUGGCUGCCAGAGAGUGCUCGGUAUGACGUCCUGACAGGAAACCAGGAGAAGGCUUUGAGCACACUCAGACGUAUUGCUACAGAGAACAAGGUCCCAAUGCCACUGGGAAAACUCAUUGUGGCCAGACAGGAGGACAGGGGGAAAAUUCAGGAUCUUUUCUCUCCACACUUCCGCUGGACCACAGUUCUGCUUUGGUUCAUAUGGUUCUCUAAUGCGUUCUCAUAUUAUGGUGUGGUUUUGCUGACCACUGAGCUUUUCCAGGAGGGAGGGGCCUGUGUUGAGGUCAAUGGCAGUAAAAUGGAGCCAGGUUGCAGUUUGGAGUGCAAAUAUCUGAACUCGGAUGAUUAUAAAGACCUUUUAUGGACCACACUCUCUGAAUUUCCGGGCCUGCUGGUGACCCUGUGGGCAAUUGAUCGGUUGGGGAGGAGAAAGACUAUGGCACUGUGUUUCUUUGUCUUCUCUGUCUGCCUUGUGCCACUCUACGGCUGUAUGGGAAGGACCUUUUUGACAGUAUUUAUAUUCAUUGCGAGAGCCUUCAUUGCUGGAGGUUUCCAGGCUGCGUAUGUGUACACCCCUGAGGUGUAUCCCACAGCGACGAGGGCUCUUGGUUUGGGCACCAGCAGUGGGAUGGCUCGGGUUGGAGCUCUCAUCACACCGUUUGUUGCUCAGGUGAUGCUUGAAUCAUCUGUGUACCUGACUCUGUCGGUGUACUGUUGCUGCUGUUUGCUGGCUGCUAUUGCUUCCUGUGCCCUGCCAAUAGAGACCACCGGACGAGGCUUGCAGGAGUCCAGUCACAGAGAGUGGGGUCAGGAGAUGAUGGGACGGGCAUCAGACCACAGCCCUGAGGGGAUUCCACAUUCCAUCUCUGGAUCACAGGACUAAAGGGCACAGCUGGGUUUUAGGAGAAAUUGGUCAUAGAUGGAAGCAGACAAUGUUCCCUAAAAAAAAAAAGAAAUUUGGAUCUGAUUCAAUGAUUUUAGUUGCUUGGUCUCAAUUUAUAUCAGUCCAGACAGUUAUAUAGACAAGUAGGCAAGUAGACAAGUUCCCCCACCUAAGGUCGAGUGGUUAUGCACCUCCAACCUCUGGGCCAGAGAAAUGUAGGGCAAUAUAUUCCCAUGACGUAAUACUCCCUUCUGCCUCUGCAACUCUCAAGUGUGAGAAACGUGAACAUGAGAAUUGCAUUAUGAAGUUUUACACAUAAAACAACCAACACUCUCAUAUGGUCAAAUAAUUCUAAGAAUGUUUUGGGGCAUUUAAGAGGAGAACAAAAGCCUUCAAAGUCCUGAAGAUUUCAAGUUGAAAAUAGCACAAAUGUGUGUGAGAGAGAGAGACAGGUUUAGUAUGACAGUGAGUAGAAAGACUAGAAUUUUGUCUGUGUUUAUUUAUUUUUCCAAAGGGGCCUUAGGGUGUUUUCACACCUGGCUCGUUUGGAGCAUUUGAUUCAGAACCUGGCACGUUUUCUCCCUUGGUUCGGUUCAUUUAGGCAUAUAUGAACACGGCAAUUGCACUCAGAUCCACACCAAAACAAUCAAUCCGAGACCUCCUGAAUGAGGUGAGGUCUCGAACCGAUUGCAAACGAACUCUGGAGCGGUUCGCUUGUGGUGAGAAUGCAAACCGACCCAAUGGACCAAAUAAUAUCCCUAUAAAAACCAUGAACAUACCUGAUGGAUCUGCAGAGAACAAAUCUGUAGGUCAGCACAUCGCUGUAAUUCAUAAUUAAAACGUGGAUAGAGCCUUUUGGCGACUAUAUUAGAUAUAAUUGCACGUUUAAAAUAGCAGUUACUUUAUAAUUCCUGAGGUAAAUAGUACAAUCGCUUCUUUCUUUGGGAUGGCGGCUAAACAAACACAGCUAGGAUGACAUUAGCAACUUCAUGACCGAUGUAAAACAUCUUUACUGUAAGUAGCUUCACUCUUUCUGAUGUGUGUUUGUGUGUGUGCACAGGAGAGAGCUCCGUAUCCAUGAGAACAGACACUUUUCAAUAAAGAAAUAAUGCAAAAGCAGCUAAUGACAGAUAAAAAUAACCAUGAUGAAAAUUUUACAACUCAUAUCCAUCCGAGUGACGGAUUUUAUUUGCAGUGCAUCCUCUGACUGGAACGCACAUUUUGUGCCACGCGGAAGCGUUUUGUAUAACCGUGACAUAAACAGUAGUCGAAAAUUUGUAACAGUUGACAAAUUUAUGCAGGUAUAUCAUUUUAAUCAUUUUAACCAGUAUUUGGAUGUAAAAGCUAAAUACCUGAACAGCACACAAACUUUGACCAAUAAGAAGACAGUUUGCUCACAUGUGACAUUUAUUAACACGUGUAAGGUGUAUCCACCUUUUUCCUAUGAUGCUUAGUGAGAAAUAUGGGACCUUUGUCAAGUAAACACAGCUGUUGUUGCGGCAUACGUUCAUUCAUUCUUUCGUUGCGGUGCUGGGAUUUUGAGAAGAGUGUGUCUGAUUUUGUGAGGACAUACAUCAAUCACUAUAUCAGUGUGUUACUGAAUGAUAAUAAACUGCAAAAAAGUCAAAAAGAUUAAGAAAGCGCAAACAAAACUGGCGCGCUGUUUCUCCCAGAUGCAGCUGAGAUUUAAUCUAAGCACAAAUGCAACAUUUCGAGCUAAAUUAUUGGUUGUUUUAGUGGAGUACCUUUAUUUGUUCAGCUUCAGAUAUGUGUGCUUGUCACCCCGCAUGUUCAAAUCAGACAGACACACUGAGGAAGAGCCAUGAAGUUCUCAUCCUUGGGUAUGUAAACGCUUUUUCAAGUUUUAUGAUCAGACGGUUAUUUCCUUAAAAAAUGUGUGCAUAAAUUUCAACGUUUGUUUGGUGGGUGAUUGACUGGUGAGAGGUGGUGCUUCGCUGCUGUCCGAGACGCAUCAGGACAGCAUUUUAAACCUCAAAUGCGAUGUGAUUUUUGACACUCUGUAUGUGUUUUUUGUGAUCGAAUCACAACUUUAUUUAGCGCUGACAUUUGCGAUCGGAUCAUCUGAAACACGUCUUAUUACCAGCUGUAAACAAGGUCUAAAAUGACUGCAGCCAGAGCUAGGGAGUGCUAUAGAACGACUUCCAGUGGAAGUCCCACCCACAUUUGUGUACCCAGUAAGACCCCCAGGAAAAAGGUGGAUAAACUCCAGUUGUUCCAUUAUAAUCAGGCAUUUCAAAAGCUACUGGAGUACUGUAAUCUUAAAGUCAACAUAAAAUCAAAAUUUACUUUCAUAAUACAUGCCCCUGGUCUUAUUGUGCACAAUUUGCUGAUGCACUUAAUUCCAAAGAAUAAAUAAAUUGCUACAGCUGUGCAAUGGCUUUCCUUUCAUCUGACGUCUCGAAGCCUUCUUAUUUUUUUAACUCCUCCCUUCAAGGAAUCUGCCAUAAUGAGACUACUUGUCAUGAUCCAAACAAUAACUGAU